AUGAAUUGUGUAAGGAAACACAUUUUGAAAAGCAAAACAUAUUAUCUCUAAGUCCUUGAAGAUUCAAUGAUCUUGAGUGAAGUAAGUCCACUGAAUCUAUAAUCUAGCAUAAAACCAUGGUGAAUCCUAAGUACAUAAUACAAUUUAAUUUGGAAACAAGAGUGAUGUGGAAGAUUUCAGAACAAGAUGAAUUAUCUUCUUUUGGAAUCUAUUAUGUCAAUCGAAUUAAAUGGUUCGACUCUGAUCAUAAUUAACUUAAUUUACUGAAAAUUCACCUAUCUCCUAAAGUUUUUUUUGGAAAUAUCUCCAUUUUUUAUGAUUCUGGUUCCAUUAUCGGAUCUGGAGCAUCAUCAAAAGUGAAACUAAAAAUUUAAAUUAGGUUUGUUUGGUUAAAGUAAAGAAGAGUAUUCUUGAAUAUGCAGCCAAAUGCAUUUCUAAAAAGUAUCUCCUAUAAAAAAAGUCAUCUGAUCGUAUGGUAUCAUUUUUCUUAUUCAUUAUUAGAAUAGAUUAUAGUAAGAAAUACAAAUCUUGCAGAAGAUCGAUCAUCCUCAUUUCGUGAAGUUGCAUGAAAUCUACUAAGGAGAGAACUCCUACUAUUUGGUUACCGAUUACUUAGCAGGAGAUACACUUUAUAAUUAUAUUAAAACAUUCCCAGAUGAUUAGAUUCCUUCUCAUUAAAUCAGAGAAGCUAUCAAGGUUUGCUUCUAUUUAUAUAAUAGAUUAUAUUGACAGCCUUAAAAUAUUUGGAAAUUAACAAUAUUAUCCAUAGAGACAUAAAAUUAGAAAAUAUCUUAUUAUAAAAAUAAAAUGACAUUACUUCAUUAAAGAUAAUUGAUUUUGGUUUGGCCAUCUAUGCAUUACCUGAAUAAAAAGUAAGCAUUUGUGGCACUCCUGGAUACAUUGCACCUGAAAUACUCAAAAAUUCUAAUGCUGAUGAUUAUUUCACUCCUAAAUGUGACAUUUUCAGUGCAGGAGUCAUCUUUUAUAAAUUGUAAGUUUAAUCAUAAUUAUAAUCAUAGAUUGACAAAGAAAACAUUGUUUCGCGCAUAAAAUACAAUGGAAAUAAUGGAACAAAACAAAUUAUGCCAAGUCAAUUAUUAAGAUAUUUAAUAUAAAUUAUAAAAAGAGGCAGUUAGUUUGUUAAAAUCUAUGUUGGAUCCAAAUCCUAAAACUAGAUUUUCAGCAGCUUAAUGUCUUGAGCAUCCCUAUUUUAGUUGUAAACUUGAAAAUAUUAAUAUUUUACAAGAAAUCUUAGAUAAAGCUACAGGAUUUUCUGGUCUCUCAUAAAUUAGUACUAUUGAUUAUUAUUAUUUUUUUAGAAGAAUACAAGGAUACGCAUUCUAUUGGAUAGGAAUGUUAAGCAGCCCAGAUUAAAAAAUGCAAUCCAACUUCUUAUCGUGUUAGGGCAGAACAAAGAAAAAGGACGAAAAGUCCGAGGAAAUAUGCUGAAUUUCAAUUUUAUUGUCCAUCCUUUUGUUAAAUGAAUUCUUUUGAAAGCUUAAGUAGUAAAGGGUCUUCAUCGUAUUCAAAUAAAGUCUCCAGGAUUGAAAACCUAAUUAAUGAUAAAUUAGAUUCAGUUAUUGAGGAUGAUGAAAAAUUUCAAUAAAAUGUUAAGUAGGUAUUUUAAACUUGA